CAACAACAAAGGAAGAAGAAUGCUGCGCUUUGCCACGAAUUAUUAUUGACUCGCCUAACUUAGGUGCCGUCCCUCAAUUCUCCACGCUCGGCUAGCUUCGGCUUCGGCUUAGCACUGGCGGGGAAGCUGUUGAGAUGGCUUGGGCAGCUCGAAGUAGACUUGGAAGGUUAUUAUUGAAAGGACAGGACAUUGCUCCCGCUGCAAACGCAACCGCAAUCCCGAUAUCUCCAUCACCGCCCAAACAUGUUUCCAUCCAAGCUCCGAGCUCUCCCUCUUCCUCGGGUUUCCCACUACCGGUUCCUCUCCUCUGCGACAUCGAGCCAAAGCACACCAAUCACCUCCGUACUCAUUGCAAAUCGUGGUGAGAUUGCUUUACGGGUCGGACGGACAGCUUCUGCCUUGGGAGUACAGUGCACAACCAUCUACACUGACCCAGACGCCAAUUCUCAGCAUGCGCUUUCCAGCCCGUUCGCAGUAAAUCUUGGUUCUGCAAAUGCCUAUCUUGAUGGCGAACGAAUCAUAAAAGUAGCAAAGGAGCAGUCUUGCGAGGCAUUACAUCCCGGCUAUGGCUUUCUCAGCGAGAACUCCGCCUUUGCAAAAAGAUGCCUGGAGGAGGGCUUGGUGUUCAUUGGCCCACCCUGGAAGGCAAUUGAGGCCAUGGGAAACAAAUCAAGGAGCAAAGAUAUCAUGAUCAAGGCGGGGGUACCGUGCAUACCUGGCUACCAUGGUGGAAAUCAGGACCCAAAUCAUCUCUUGGCAGAAGCUCGGGGGAUAGGAUUCCCUGUCAUGGUCAAGGCUGUCAAGGGAGGGGGUGGAAAGGGUAUGAGAAUUGCAUUUAAUGAAGAAGAAUUUCUGGACAAAUUGGAAAGCGCCAAAAGCGAGGGGCGAAAUUCUUUUGGCGACGAUGAGAUGCUCGUGGAGAAAUAUAUUGCAACUCCGAGACACAUCGAGGUGCAGAUUUUCGCUGACAAGCAUGGGAAUGCCGUCGCUCUAGGAGAGCGGGAUUGUAGCCUUCAAAGACGCCACCAGAAGAUCUUGGAGGAGGCGCCUGCUCCAAAUCUUGCGGAAGACAUUCGUCAGGACUUAUGGGAGAAAGCUAGAGCUGCUGCUUUGGCCGUAGGCUAUGAAGGAGCAGGCACCGUGGAAUUUAUCUUCGACAACGACACGAACGAGUUCUUCUUCAUGGAAAUGAACACCCGGCUACAGGUAGAGCACCCAGUCACAGAAGAGAUCACAGGAGAAGAUCUUGUCUCAUGGCAGUUCAAAGUUGCUGCUGGUGAGAAACUACCUCUGGACCAAGAGACUAUUGCUCAAAGGAUAGCGGAGCGUGGAUGGGCCAUUGAAGCUCGAAUCUACGCAGAAAAUCCUAGUCAGAACUUCAUGCCUGAUUCGGGCGAGCUCAUCCAUCUCAAAACGCCUGAAUUGUCAGAAGGCGUCCGUAUCGAUGCCGGUUUUAUCGAAGGCGAUACCGUGUCCUCGGCCUACGAUGGGAUGAUUGCAAAGCUGAUAGUCAGUGGGGAGACUCGAGAAGUAGCAAUUCGCAAGCUCUACGCAGCGCUGCAGAAAUACGAAGUUGUGGGACUGAGUACCAACAUCGAAUUCCUGAAGAAGAUCUGCAAGAGCCCUGCCUUCAUCAGGGGCGAAGUUGAAACUGGUUAUAUCCAGAAACACAACGACGAAUUGUUUGAUCCUGAAGUCAUCGAACCAGAAAGAUUUGCCCAGGCGGCACUUGGCCUUUUGUCCAAGGAGCUUUCUGCACCGGCCUCGACAGUUACCCAAGGUCCACACGGAGCCGUUGUUGGCUUUGCGGCGAGUGCUCGACGACAGUUUACAUUCAUCACCAACGAUACCGAAGAAAAAGCCCGUGUCACUGUUUCGGUCGAGCAACUGGGCCGAGAUCUGUUUGAUUUGGAAGUGAAGGGUGGCGGUCUUGACCAGACCUACAGCAAUGUGAUAUGCAAGCCCAAGUCUCCAUCGAUCUCGACGUUCUUCCCACAUACACGGAUUGAGAGCACAAUCGUCACAGAUGGUGACAAGAUCACACUCUUCCAGCAUGGCAAGCAGACUCACCUAACGCUAGCAUCGCCCAGCUGGUUCGAGAAGGCUUUGGGACUAAAAGAUGUGGCAAAUAGUGUUCUUGCACCAAUGCCGUGCAAGGUUUUGAGGAACGAGGUUAAGGAGGGUGAUCAAGUGGAGAAAGGACAGGCAUUGGUAGUGUAAGAAUCCUGCACUUGUGAUGGCAUUUGACGCAAGCUGACCGCAUCAGGAUCGAGAGUAUGAAGAUGGAGACUGUUAUUAGAUCGCCGCAGAAUGGCACAGUUGCUAAAUUGGUUCACAAGGAAGGCG